AUGACCCACGCAGAUCCCGCUGCGCGCCAAGCGGCGAUCGCCGACGCAAGGAGUGACGUGGAUCAGGCGGCGGGCGGAGCGGAGUUGGGGCAGGCGGCGGGUGAUAGGGGCGGGGAGUGGGCGGCGGUGGGGCUGGGGCUGGUGGAGGUGCAUCUGGCCGCCAACGAGAGCCCCGCGUCGCGCGAAAAGCGCAUUCGCGCGCUUUUUCAGACGUUCGACACCGAAAAUAGAGGCGCGCUAACGCGGAGGCAGAUAGAGAGGGGGUUGGCGCGCAUGGGCGUGCCGGUGGACUACAAGUUCUCCAAGGACCUCCUCGCCGCCAUCGACCAGAACGGGGACGGCGUGUGUGACUAUAACGAGUUCCAUCGGUACAUGGACAGCAAGGAGGUGCAGCUGUACCGGCUCUUCCAGCGCAUCGACACCGACUUCGAUGGCGCCAUCUCCCUGCAUGAACUCGCUGCCGCGCUGCACCACGCUGGCAUACACCUGGCGGCGGGCGAGCUACAGGCGUUCAUGGAGAAGAUGGAUCGCAACCACGAUGGCGUGCUGUCCUUCAACGAGUGGCGCGACUUCCUGCUGCUCUUCCCCCACCGCGCCACCUCCAUCGCCACCGCCUACCAGUACUGGGAGCGAGUGCAGCAGGUGGACAUAGGAGAGCAGCCAGUCAUCCCGUCGGGCCUCUCCGCAUCGCUCUCCACCGCUCCCGACGCCUCUGCCCUGGCAUGGCGCUACUUCCUGGCGGGCGGUGUGGCGGGUGCCGUGUCUCGCACGGCCACGGCACCCCUGGACCGCCUCAAGGUGCUCCUGCAGUGCGCCAAGGCCAGUAGUACCCAUACGCCCCCCGCUGCUGCUGCUACUGUUGCCACUGCUGCUGUCGCCCCCGCUGGUGCCUGUGCUGCUGGUGGUGCUAGAGGUGCUGCUGCUGCUGUGGCGGCCAGUGCCACAAGGGCUGCGGGCGCGAGUGGUGCAGCAGGGAGAGCUGUGCACGCAGCAGCAGGGGGCGCACAGACAGGUGCACCUGGUGGAGGUGGCACUCGAGGGACAGUGGCUGCAGCGUCAACAGCGGCAGAAGGAGCAGCAGCAAGGUCAGGGGCAGGAGGAAGGUUGUCAAGUGCCGCCAUUCCUGAUGCUGCCACCAGUGCCGGGCACUCCUCAGCUGCCACGCCACGCCAACCAUCCGUUUCACCACCACCACAACCACCACUGCAGUCAGCAGCAGCACCAGCAGCAGCGCAAUCGUCCAGUCCCGCUUCCCACCACCCACCACCCCCAUCCCAUGCCACUCCUCCCUCCUCUUCCGCCUCCUCCCCUGCUCCCCACCACCCCCACCCACGCCAUUCCCGCUGGCAGUUCUCUCUCCUCCGCGCCCCCUCCCCCUCCCCCCCCUCUCUCUCGGGUCCGCCCCCUGCACUGCCGCCCAACAUGCCUCUCUGGUGGCAAAAUAUGCAGUCUGGGCGGCAGGCCACAAUCGCCGGGCGGCAGCAGGUGGCGCACGGGCGGCUGACACUGUGGCGAGCCGUGCAGCAGGUGUAUGGGGAGGGGGGCGUGGGGGCGUUCUUCAAGGGCAACGGCAUCAACGUGGUCAAGGUGGCGCCCGAGUCAGCUAUCAAGUUCUAUGCUUACGAGCUGCUCAAACGCGCCAUCUCCCCCCCGGCUGCUGCUGGGGGUGCUGGUGCUGCUGAGAAAUCAAGUGAAACAGCGCUGACACGGCUGGUGGCAGGGGGCAUGGCGGGCGCCGUGGCACAGACCGCCGUGUACCCACUCGACCUCAUCAAAACGCGCCUGCAGACCUACCACCUCACAUACGGCCGAAACCCGCCGCCCCUCGCCGCCCUGACGGCGGAGAUUCUACAGAGGGAGGGGGCGGGCGCCAUGUUCCGCGGGCUGCUGCCGUCCAUCCUGGGCAUGAUCCCAUUCGCCGGCAUCGACCUGGCGGCGUAUGAGACACUCCGAGAUGCCUUCACGCCAUGGAUCGAACGCCGGCCAGAGGCGUCGCCGGUGCUGCAGCUGGCGUGUGGCACGGUGUCAGCCACGGUGGCCGCCACCCUCGUAUUCCCCCUGCAGGUCAUCCGCACAAGGCUGCAAGCGCACGUGAGCGCACCGCAUGCACCAAGCAGCACUCCUACGCUGGGAUUGCCAGCAGCAGCGCUGUCUGUCAAUGCUGUGGCAGGCAGGGGGGCGACGAUGGGGGAGGUGACACGGGAGCUGUGGCAGGAGGGGGGCGUGCAUGCCUUCUUCCGAGGUGUGCUGCCGAACCUACUCAAGGUCGUGCCCGCUGCCAGCAUCACGUACGUCACGUACGAGCACAUGAAGAAAGUGCUCGCGCUGAAUUAG